CCAUCACAUGACAUUCAUACCUGCAGGAACCAUAUGACCCAAACAAGAUGGCGGUCCUCAGCCUGUUCGCCGUGUUCUUGGCGUUGUUCGUCUCCCCGCUCCCUUGCCACGACGUGCCGGGCUACCAGAAGCCCGUCAUGGUGCAACAGACGGGCAAGGUCCUGCCCAAGCCUCAGACGAUGACGGCUUCUACAGAAGCCUACGCUCUGGCGAUGCCCAGCUUCAAAUUUACUUACGGGUCUUCCUCUGAGAUGUGCGACAUCGUUGACCAGGCGUUCCAGCGGUAUUAUGAUCUUAUUUUCGACAUUGAUGGGCUGAGGAAGGCUCCUGUGGCAUCUAAAGACAUGUCGGAGCUGAAUACACUACAGGUGAUGGUGAAGGAGCCGUGCACGGGAGUCUACCCCAGCUUGGAGUCCUCAGAAAACUACACUCUGACAGUGGCUGCACCAAUGGGAACACUGGUUGCUGACUCAGCAUGGGGAGUGUUGAGAGGGUUGGAGACAUUUUCCCAACUAGUAUACAGAACAGAUAAUGGCAUGAUGCUCAUCAACAAGACCACAAUAGAUGAUUUUCCCAGGUUUGCCCACAGAGGGAUCCUGCUGGACACCUCCCGACAUUUCAUCCCCCUCAAGUACAUCAAGCAGAAUUUGGAUGCGAUGGCUUACAACAAGUUCAAUGUGUUCCAUUGGCACAUUGUGGACGACCAGUCCUUCCCAUAUCAGAGUGUUGUCUUUCCUGAUCUUAGUGCUAAGGGAGCCUUCAACCCCUAUACCCACCUGUACACCCAAGAUGACAUCAAGGAUGUUAUAGAGUACUCCCGACUGAGGGGCAUCAGGGUUGUGCCAGAGUUUGACACCCCUGGCCACACAGCCUCCUGGGGUGCAGGUCUCCCAGGGUUUCUCACACCAUGUUAUGAUGGGACCACCCCCAAUGGAAAGUACUACGCAGCCAACCCCAUACGGAACACUACGUAUGACAUGAUGACUAAACUACUGAAGGAAGUGAAGGAUGUCUUCCCUGACAAGUAUGUCCAUCUGGGUGGGGAUGAGGUCAACUUCAACUGCUGGAAGAGUAAUCCAGACAUUACAAAGUUUAUGGAGACCAUGGGCUUUGGAACAGACUAUUCCAAGCUGGAGCAAUACUACAUCAAAAAUAUCCUGGACAUUUCCACCUCCAUUGGGAGAAACUAUAUAGUAUGGCAGGAGGUGCUGGACAAUGGAGUACAGGACAAGUCCACUGUAGGGGAGGUAUGGUUUGAACACCCCACCAUCCAGGCUGUUCUAGAGAGGCUGACAGCCAAGGGUUAUCGCACGUUACUGUCAGCUGGAUGGUAUCUGAACCAUGACGUAUACAACCCUGGAACCGACUGGUCCACGUUCUACAAACUAGAUCCUCAAGUCUUUAAUGGCACACAAGAACAGAAAGACCUGGUGAUUGGAGGAGAGGCCUGUAUGUGGGGGGAGUAUGUGGAUGGCACAAACCUGAUUGCCAGGCUCUGGCCCAGGGCCAGUGCCGUGGCUGAGCGACUGUGGAGUGCCAAGGAUGUGACAAGCAUGGCAGAUGCAGCAGUGAGGAUAGACGAACAAAGGUGUCGGAUGGUUAGGAGGGGACUGAAUGCGGAACCUCUCCAUCCAGGGUUCUGCCAGUUUGAAUAUGACUGAAUAGACCUGAAGGGUGCACCUUUGGUGCAGAUUGCAGAUACAGGAAGUCACGUAACUAGUUGCAAAGAAAUCCAAAAGAAGAAAUGAGGAAUAUCGAAUAUAUUUUGCACCUGCAUCACAAUGUGUGAUCAGAUAACUGUUAUUUUAGUAUAAUCAGAAACUCCUGUAUCACAUUUUUUAUAUAAUACCUGGGCUGUGAUAACGUUAGAUAAUGGUGUUCUGGACCAGGUUGUACUUUACGUUGCGGCCCGGGCUUUCAUGGAUUCCAAUUAUAGAAUGAUUCGAACGCGUUUCACCCUAACCGCGUGUGCUUCUUUCGAGAAUUCGAAUACAGGAUUUGGAUGUUGGAAUCGAAGUUGUUGCAUUUCAUUGUUUUAGGGGCACCAAAAUUUUGGCCCAUUUUGCAUUGAAAGGCGCGUUUUCUUGGGUGGGUAUGACAUAAAUAAAAUACAACAGGGUGUAUUCCGCAUCGUCCUUGGUCCCGGCCCUCCCUCGAGUCGGAAUACACCAUAUUGCAUUCUAUACGUACCAGCUUCUGCAUUUUACAAGCUGACUGUGAAGUACAUGUACUAGACACUUCUCACUAGUCACAUGUUUGCAAUUUUGAAGAAAGCUCGCUAAAUUUGAAUACUUGUUAAAUGCAAAAGAGCUGCUAGUAUAUUCUCCUGAAUUGUACAUGUAUGAAUAAUGAACAUCACAAAGAAUAGACAGCAGAUUUUUUUUUAUGUAGGCAAUUGAGAUUCAUAAAUGCAUUAAUUUUUAAACAUAAGAUACAAUGUUACUGGGUAAGUUUGUUACAAUAUAUGAUUGUUGAUUGUGAUUACAUUUGCAGCAAAGCUGAA